UCAAGACGCUUUAACUUAGCUGCCGCCGGUGGCUCUUUAUAGGGUAUAAUUUACAAGCUUUUAAAAGGUCAAACUAGUUUCUCCCCUUUUCCAGUAAAAGUUGUCAUUUUUCUUGUUUGCGACGCCUUCUGCCUUCAGACUCGCUCGAAAGUUAAUAACUGCUUGUAUCAUUUGACAAAACGACGGAAAGGUGUCUAAACCACCAGUAUGGCCACAGCGCAGUCGACGUUGCUGCUAGCAGUGCAUAUUCUGCUCAUCUCAGAGUUCAUUCUGGGCAAAAUGGACUACUAUGACAUACUGGGGGUGCCGAGAGAUGCUACCGAGCGGCAGAUCAAGAAGGCCUUCCACAAGCUGGCCCUGAAGUACCAUCCUGACCGAAACAAGGGGCCAGACGCUGAAGCCAAGUUCAGAGAAAUAGCAGAGGCAUAUGAAACCUUAUCUGAUGAUAAGAAGAGGCAAGAGUAUGACCAGUUUGGACAUAGUGCUUCAUCAGGGGAGGGCCAGAGAGGAGGAGACUACGACUUUAACCAGCACUUCAAGUCAUUCAACUUUGAUGACAUUUUCAAAGACUUUGACUCUUUUGGUCAACAUCAACAACAACAACAACACCACCAACACCACUUUCACUCCCACUCUAAUUCCCACCACAAGAGACACUUUGACAGCCACUUCCAGGCUCAUCGAGAGGCCAUGAAUGGGCACAGGAGGCAGUUUCAGCAGGGCAGCUUUGGCGGAGGACUAUUUGAUGAUAUGUUUGAGGACUUGGAGAAGAUGUUUUCCUUUCACACGCACAGCUCCAGGACUGAGAACAGAUUUCAGGGCUCAGGGAAGCAACACUGCAGGACAGUGACGCAGCGUAGGGGGAACAUGGUGACCACCUUCACUGACUGCUCCUAAGACAGGCUGGAUAGUAGAUGCUGUCCUUAGCAUCCACCUGCUCGAGACACCUCUGGGGAGGGGGGGUUUCUUUGUGUUUUUGAAAUUGAAAGCUAAUUUAUCACGUGGUGAAACAGAGUGGCUUUGUGUGGUUUUUUGUAAUUGUAUGUAAUUUCCUGUAUGAACAAAUAUCUAAGCUAGCCUGAAAAAUGGCUGCUUCCAAGCAAUAACUCAUUCAUAUUAUUAUUAUAGCAUAGUAAUAAGUCUUAAGAUCAGUCAGAUACCUCCCUAUCACCUCGCUUUCCAGGUUCAUUAUGUUUACUUGUGUUUUAUGGUGGUACAAUCUGUGAUUCUCAGGCAUGGCCUAUGCUUAGUUUAAAAAGAGUACUUUUCUCUUGAGCAGUGAAGCAAUUAGAUGCGUUAGAAUUCACAUUUGUGAAAAUGUGAAACCAUAACUCUGCAGCUAUAUAGGCCAUAUUUUAUUUUAUCUCAUCAAUAGAAACCUUUUUCUCAUCCAAAACCAAGACUUGCAGGUUUUGCACAUUUGGUUUCCUGACAACCCCCUUUUUUUCUUUAUUUUGGUAAAAAGAUACAUUAACAAUCAAUUCGUCUAACUGCAUUUGUUGAUGCACUACAUUCACCUGGAAUGUGGACAGUUUGGCCAUUAUCAACUGUUACCUCGUUUAGGUUUUUUUUGGUUGUUGUAGGUUUUUUUCCUCUUCCAACAGAGUUGCGUCUACCUUUUACUCAGUCAGGGUUGGAAAUUAACAUCAGUCCUAUGACAAAAACUGGCAGACUUGGCCACAGGCAAAGUCGGCGGAGGUGUGUGCAUGCGUGAUUGCUUGGCUGUUUGUUUGUUUGUUGUUUUGUUUUUUCAUUUGGACCAGCUAUCACAAAAACCGCCCAGGCUCAUCUGCCAGUCAAACUGAGUGGUCUGACAAGUUAAGAUUCCCUAAACUGAUCAUAAUGUGCAAUAUUUAGCACCUUUGCUCUUCAUGUUGCCUAUCUUCUAUAGACAGUGCUGUGUAAAUGUCAUUGUCUAAUGUCUGCACUUUGAAUGCGUGUGUGAGUGUCUUGAAUAUCAAUUGGUUGCAAAAUGUUUGGAGAAUGAAUAAAAAAAUAUAUAUUAGAGGAAA